UUUAUAUUAAAUGAGUGCAAAAUCAUUCAUAUUAUGUAAGAAUUUAAAUCUGAAUAAAUUGUUUUGCUGAAAUUAUAGUGUCUUAAUUUGAGCAAUCACAUUGAGGAGGAUAUUUUUUUUAUCAUCAAUAACUUUUGCUGUUCUAUAAUAUAACAAAAGGAAAAUUCAUAACUAGACAAGCUGAUUUUAUUGUGAGAAAUAUUAAAAGUGUUAAGGUAAAAAAGAUAGUAUUUGACACAAUCAUAGAGUUCUUGUAUUUGAAAAGUAUUUGAAGAAUUAUAUCGUAUUACUAGGAACAAAUGGACAAAAAGCUCAAACUUCAGUGAGUACAACACCAUUAAUCAUAUAUUAUGGAACUUGUAACUUCAUCUACAGGGACUUGUUAACAUAUGGUAUAUUGUUCCUUCUGUAAACUCCAUAUAGAGCAACAUGGUGCUCAAAGUUGAUCAAGAACAAGAAGAAGAUUUUAAACAGAUGUCAGCCAUGGUUGGUACACUUCAUAGAAUGUUGCUUCUGAGGCAAAAUGAGCUUGAGGAAUAUAAGAAGUCUCUUCUGACAUCCAAGAAGAACAUCUGUACCAAAAUACAGAGUUUACGUAAGGAAAUGAAUGAACGUUUCACUGUACUGCAAACAAAUACUAUGAAAGAGAUAGACAAUUUAUUGGCAGCCUUGUUCCCGAAUAUUAUAAAUGCCAUAAAUAAAUGUACUAGUGCCAUUAAAGAUAUGAAUCAUUUGCAAGAAGACAUCAAGCAAAUAAAUGUAAAAAAGGAGACCAGAAAUGUGUUAAUGUAUGAUAAAUGCAAUAAAGCAGAAUUAUUUCUACAAGAAAUAUCCUCCUAUACUGAGGUGGCAUUUACAUUUAACCUUGAUACAAGCCUCCAGCAAACCCUGACUGCUAUGACAAGAUUAGGGGUCAUACAUUGCAAUGAACAACAGCCACAAACAUUUGCUGAUGGCUCUACACAAGAAAAAGUAAUCAGUCAUGCAAAGCCUGUAUCUAUUCAUCCAAGUCUGGUUUCAAGUUCACUGUCUGAUCAAACACCUGCUAUUAGCAUUCCAAAGCUGGUACCAAAUUCAAAUUGCAACCAAGAUAUCCACAAAGGAAUUAGGACAAGGCUAACAGUGAAAUUGAAAAGUGAUACAUGCUCAAAUAGUAUAUCAGGUAUCUGUGUGACAGCUUCUGGAGACCUCCUCAUCUCAGAUUGUCUGAACAAAAGAGUGAAGCUGUUGGACAAGACCAAUAUGGUGGUGGCACAAUAUGACCUACCUGAUAAAUUAUUGUCCAUGUGCAGCAUUGACUCCAGUAUGGUGGCUGUUUUGAUGGGAAUCAAUGAAGUACACAUCAUCAGAGUGACCGAUGGUCAACUGGUAAAGGAGAGGACACUGAAGCUCCAACAUUCUUGUAUAGGAAUUGCCCAUCACCAGGGGAACCUGUACAUCACAUCUGGUACUGCUCUGUACCACUACAGACUCGAUGGACGACUUUUGAGCAAGAUGUAUGAAGAUGCACCCAAUACAUGGACUGUUACAUCUUUAGCAGUCAAUCCAGAUGGAGAUAACAAAACACUUGAGUUGUCACAAGAAGAAAUAUUUAGGACUUUAUUUAAAAAAGUCAAGAUUGAUGCAAUGUCAGAAUACCCAAAUGACUCCUUCCCAGCCUUCUGCCAUGGUCGUGCAGCCAUUCAGGCCAUUAUUACCAGGGGAAAAGACAUUCUGGACAUGCCAGUGUUUAGUGAGACUGAAAACAAAAUGAUGAAAUCUGAAUGCAUUCAGAUCUACACAACUUCUGCUUUCAUUGGUGAAAUCAAUGCAUCUAAUACUGAGCAGAUGGAUCCUGUGAAACAGUUCUGUCUGGAGGAGAAGAACAUGUCUUGCCCUAUUAUUUUAAUAGUAGAACAAUAAAAGAAGAACAUUAUAGAGGAAUGGAUUGAAACUCAAAAUGACAAUCUUCAUGGCAUAUGUGUGCUAUUAUUAAGCAAGGGACGAGAACGAGAACAGCAAUAUUUUUCCCCAGAGAAGGGCUUAUUUCUAAACAUGGCAACAUUAUCCGAUAUCAUGGCGGCUGCAGAUGAUAUUUUAGAACGCUCCAUAUUUUUAGUUUUGAAGCAUUUGCUGGAAAUAUAUGUGGAAAAAUACAGAGCAACAACAUAUUUCUCAGAUGUGGAGACAGAAAGCACCUUACAAAGUGUUUAUGCCUUUGCAAGAGCAGCAUACCAAAGAAGUGAAGUACCUGAGUGUGAAAGACCAAACAUGCCAGAGAAGACUUAUAACUAUCCAAACACUAUUUUAUCCAUUGACAACUUAUUAUGAAGUGUCCUGAAUGAGGUUACACAGGAUAAUACCCAUUAAAUUGUGAAUAUCAGAUUAGUGAGAUACAAUACAUUCCAAUGGAAAAAAAUGUUCUCCCAAACAUCUCUUUUUUUCUGUCAGGUCAUCACAACACUUCUUACGAUAGAAGGAGUAGUUGGCUGUUCUAAGAAACUUGGACGCCUAGAAGUCUCUAUUGAUGACACAAAAGACAGAAAGACAAUUGUUGAAAAAGUAAAACUGCACCUCAAGAAUGAAUCAAUCAAAGCUACAUUUGUAGAUGGUAAUUUCACAUAUUUCCUUUGUCCUGGAGACCAAGUCCAGGGCAAGAAAGGGAAAAUAGGGACACUUGGAGGCUUUGCAAAACGGUUUGCUACAAAAACCAAUAUGGAGUUAAAUAACAGAGCGGAGACAGGCAGCGCAAAUCAAUUAAGUCCAGUAGAAUCAACAGGAUAUCCUGUUGAAUCUACAAAUAGCACUGUUGAGUUAAAUAACAGAGAAGAGACAGGCAGUGCAAGUCAAUCAGUACCAGAAGAGUCAGCAGGAAAUCUAGUUGCACUUAUCUCCAGACAUGUUGCUCAUGCUAAUAUGGAAAUGGGCAUUAUGCAUCUUCUUGUUAACAAUAAAAUUAUUGGACAUACAGACAAUAUUCAUCCGCAGACCCUUCUCGACAUUAUUCCAAUCGACAUUUAUGAAAAUUUAAUUGGUGAUUGCAACACAAGAUUCAAAACAGAGCAAAACAAGUUUAUGCAUGCAAAAUUGAUUGAUAAAGAACACAUAUCAACAUUAAUGGGAACUAAAGUUCAUAUAUGGGGAGCAGUGUCAUCCCCAGGUUUGGGUACACUUGUAGACAUUGAUUUUAAAAUGACAGGUGGACUGUGCAUCAAAGUAUGUGAUUGCACCAAUGGUAAACCAUUCAGCUACCCAGGUGACAGUGGGGCUAUUGUAUGUGCCUCAGACAGCAGGGGGCGGAAUUUGUACGCAAUAGCCAUGCUGAUUGGAAAGUAUGAAGGCAUUAAGAUCUUACCAACAUAUAUGGCUGUUCUUCUCAGUGAAGCAUUCCAAAAAUUAAAAGAAUUAUACAAGUCAGAGUUUCUGCUGUGUGAAGACGAUGGAGCCACUUCAUAAAACCAUAAGUAUUCAUAAUUACAGUCAUGCAAGAUAUUCUGGUGAACAAUAUUUACAAUUUGAAAUAAUAAAUUGAGCUUAGUGCAUGAUACCUCUCAUUGAAAAGAAGGGCCAUGUAAAGAUAAAUGGUUUGUAAAUAAGACUAACCAGUAAAUUUAUAAAUGCUUGCUUAGUAGUACAUUUUGUGCAAUGCACUGGGAUAUUCCCAUUUAGCCAUUGCCCCUAGAAAACUUUUUAGUUGGGUUAAAGACAAAAGUGUGGAUUGUCCCAUACCACAGACUAUAAUUGAUAUUUUAGUGAAGCAACUAAUGCAUGUUCCCUGUCAAUGAUGAGUUAUAAGAUAAGACUUGAAAAGAGGAUAUGUUAACUGGGGCCUCUGAGUUCUGGCACCAGUUUGUUAUAAUUAGAUCUGGGGUCGUAUUCCAAAAACAUCUUAAGUCAUUUCUUAAAUAUUUUCACUUAAGUUCAAAAUUACAAUGUUUUGUAUUUCUUUACUAAAUAAAGGCAUGCAUGUUUUUUUGGUUUAACUCAAAUUACAUUGACAUAAUGAUGUUAUUUUGAUAUGGUCGAUGUCUAACUAUUGCAGUAUGAAAUGAAACACUUAAGUAAAAUUCCCAAUUUAAGGAUAAAAAUAAAAUUUAACUUAAGAUGCUUCUGGAAUACCACCCCAGGUCUUUAAUUUAGAUAAUUAUGGUAUGAAUGGGUUACAAAGGGCGCCGGUUUGUAUAAAUAUUUUAAAAGUUUGUUAUAUGAUUCAACAUGCAUGCUUAUACUGUGAUUUGGCUGGAAAUAUAUAAAUAAACAUUACCAGGGA